AUGAGCAUACUAGCUAGAAGACUGUUUUCCACCUCUCGCCUUGCUGCGUUCAGCAAAAUCAAGGUCAAACAACCCGUUGUCGAGUUAGACGGUGACGAGAUGACUCGUAUCAUUUGGGACAAGAUCAAGAAGAAGCUGAUCUUGCCCUACUUGGACGUAGACUUGAAGUACUACGACUUGUCAAUCGAGUCUCGUGACGCCACCGCAGACAAAAUCACUCAAGAUGCUGCAGAGGCAAUCAAGAAGUACGGUGUCGGUAUCAAAUGUGCCACCAUCACUCCUGAUGAGGCUCGUGUAAAAGAAUUCAAUCUGCACAAGAUGUGGAAAUCUCCCAACGGUACCAUUAGAAAUAUUCUUGGUGGGACUGUGUUCAGAGAACCAAUCGUGAUUCCUAGAAUCCCAAGACUGGUCCCUCGUUGGGAAAAGCCAAUUAUCAUUGGAAGACACGCCUUCGGUGAUCAGUAUAAGGCCACGGACACGUUGAUUCCAGGGCCAGGCUCUUUGGAAUUGGUCUAUAAACCAUCGGGAUCUAACGCUACUGCUCAACCACAGACUCUGAAAGUAUUUGACUACAAGGGCAGCGGUGUAGCCAUGGCCAUGUAUAACACUGACGAAUCCAUCGAAGGGUUUGCUCAUUCGUCUUUUAAAAUGGCCAUUAGCAAAAAACUGAACCUGUUCUUGUCUACUAAGAAUACUAUUUUGAAGAAAUAUGAUGGUAGAUUUAAAGACAUUUUCCAAAAUGUCUACGAAGCUCAAUAUAAGGCCAAGUUCGAAGAACUGGGUAUUCAUUAUGAACAUCGUUUAAUUGACGAUAUGGUCGCUCAGAUGGUUAAGUCUAAAGGUGGUUUUAUCAUGGCAUUGAAGAACUAUGAUGGUGAUGUCCAAUCUGAUAUCGUUGCCCAGGGAUUCGGUUCCUUGGGGUUGAUGACUUCUAUCUUAGUCACACCAGAUGGUAAAACUUUUGAGAGUGAGGCUGCUCAUGGUACUGUGACCAGACAUUAUAGAAAAUACCAACAGGGCGAAGAAACUUCUACGAAUUCCAUUGCGUCGAUUUUUGCUUGGUCAAGAGGUCUAUUGAAAAGGGGUGAAUUAGACAAUACUCCAAGUCUAUGCAAAUUUGCCAACAUUUUGGAGUCUGCCACCCUAAACACCGUUCAACAAGACGGUAUCAUGACCAAGGAUUUGGCGUUGGCUUGUGGUAAGAAUGAAAGAUCUGCUUACGUUACCACAGAAGAAUUUUUGGAUGCUGUUGAGAAAAGAUUACAGUCGGAAAUCAAAUCGAUUGAAUAA